UAAUUUUUUUUUCUUUCUUUUCUUCUCCCCACUUCUCCCUCCCGAUCGCGUUUCCUCGUCUCAUAAGUAAAAUUAGAAUCUGUGGGGGAAGAGUUUUGUUAGUGGUGGGGGCUCAUAAUGUCGAUAUCAUACGGCGGCGGAAGCGGCGUGGGCAGCAGCAGCUUGCAAGGAUCAUGGUCUCAACCUCAGGUCCUUUUGCCAUUACUAGCCGUGACUGGAAUUGGACUCGGAAUUGGAAUUAUUCUCUCAUCUCGUAGAACAAGAAGAGUCCCUAACGAGUACGGGGAGGACUUGAUUGGUGAAUUGCCAGAAGAACUCCUGUGUUUGAUACUCUCCCAAUUACCUACAAAAGAUGCUGUUAGGACUAGCAUUCUGUCUAAAAGAUGGAGAAACCUCCAUGUUUUUCUCCCCAAAUUGUCGUUCAACUGUCCAUGCACAUUUAUGGAUACCACGAGUCCUUCAAACCUGCUUGAUCGGUACAAGCGUGGAAUCUUGACAUUUAUAGAUCGUUUCAUACGGCUACGACAACACGCUUGCUGCCGUGACCGGGACAAGCGUGGAAUCUUGACAUUUAUAGAUCGUUUCCUACAGUUACGGCACGGGUGCAAUAUUAAAUCCUUCCAGCUAUCAUGUUGUUUAGGGGAAGAAUUCAGCAGUCAUAUUGAGCGGUUGAUGAAUUAUGUUGCUAGGUUAAACGUUGAGGAACUUGUGCUCCGGCUUUCUUGUGAUAUACCUGGAAGCACAAGAGGUCUGAUUACAUUUCCUUUGCAUUUGUUUACGUGCACUCUGGAACCAAAUUCCCAAGGAACAUUUAAGUCCCUUUCGCUGCUUAGGCUAGACGCAGUCUCAUUAGUUAAAGGUGAACUGCAAAGCAUCUUCGCAGCCUGCCCAAAGCUUGAGUCUUUAGUGUUGAAAUAUUGUAGCCUUCCAUCUAAGUUAUAUAUUGGCAGACCAGGACAUGAGUUGAAAUCUCUGUCAAUCGCAAGUUGUGUCGGAGUAAAGAAGAUAGAAGUGCGUGCUGGAAAUUUGACUAGCUUGGAAAUCAUUAGCUCUAAAAUUCUGGAAGAAAAGAGUCAUCUACAUGUUCCGAAGCUGAAACAUUUUUUUCAUGGGUUAAAAUACUCUGGUUAUCUCUCUCAUAUUAUACCUGAAGUUGCCAAGAGCACGCCUAAACUUGAGUCCUUAUAUAUUGAAUCACGGGUCAGGCAGAUGUAUUAUGCCCCGUUAGGAUGGCGUAUGCUCCACAAUCUUAGGGAAGUAUAUGUACUCAUAGACUUUAGAGGGCUAUAUAGUGCUCAACAAAUUGCUGAUGUAAUUGAUUGCUCGCCACUUCUACGCAAAUUCCAUUUGGUGACAAAAGGUAGAGUAGACUAUCGAGUACCAAGGUUUCACUUGAAACCAAGAUAUGAUCACAUCCAUCUGAAAGAAGUGGAGAUUGGGGGAUUUCAUGGACACAAGAGCGAGAUUGAGUUGAUUAGAUUUCUCCUUAGAUUUGCCGUGCGUCUUGAGCAUAUGACUAUCAGCAAGGAAUAUGAAUAUUAUCUCGGAGGAGGGAAAUGGGAGAAGAGCAGAAAACAAGUAAUGAAUGAGAAGCAACGUCAAGUAGUGCAUCUUUUGUUGAAGGGAACAACAAUUGCUUCUCCAAAUGCUCAAGUUAUUUUGCAUUAGCAACAAUGCGUGGUGCUACCAAGGGGCCGGGGUUCAUUCUCCUUGGAAUUGCUGAGCGCCUGGAGCUUUUCAUUAAUCUAUGUUGAUUUUAUUUCACUGAUUUUAAAAACAUUAGAUUAUUGGCGAUGUAAAAAUUAAAUCUUUUAGGCGAUG